UUCGAAAAAGAUUACAGAAAUUUUGUACAAAACGUGGUCGAGGGAACUCUGCCCUCGUUUAAAAAAACACUCUGAGAAUGUCUAAGCGAAGGCUUGAUGUCGACGAUGUUAAGAAAUCGAAAGAGAUGGCUGAUUUUGAAAAUCUGAAGUUAAAAAUUAAACUUAAUCCACAUUCUGGCCGGCCCUACACAGAUAGAUAUUAUGAAAUCCUUAAGAAACGUCUUCAGUUGCCGGUGUGGGAAUAUAAAGAAAGGUUUAUGGAUAUGCUAGAUAAAAAUCAAUGCAUAGUCUUAGUUGGUGAAACAGGGUCUGGGAAGACAACACAGAUUCCUCAAUGGUGUGUGGAAGGCAGAAAAGAUCAGCGGAAAGGUGUAGCUUGCACACAACCCAGAAGAGUGGCAGCCAUGAGUGUUGCACAACGUGUUGCAGAUGAAAUGGAUGUCAUUAUUGGCCAAGAAGUUGGAUACAGCAUUCGAUUUGAAGAUUGUACAAGUGCUAGAACAGUCAUGAAAUAUAUGACUGAUGGUAUGCUUCUUCGAGAAGCAAUGACUGAUCCACUGUUGGAUAAAUAUGACUGUAUUUUGCUUGAUGAAGCUCACGAGAGAACUUUGGCAACAGAUAUACUCAUGGGAUUACUGAAAGAGGUUGUUGCACAAAGAAAAGACAUCAGAGUAGUCGUCAUGAGUGCCACACUUGAUGCUGGCAAGUUUCAAGAAUACUUCAACAAUUGUCCAUUAUUGAAUGUUCCUGGACGUACACAUCCUGUCGAGAUCUUCUACACACCAGAACCUGAACGAGACUAUCUUGAGGCAGCCAUACGAACUGUUGUACAGAUUCACAUGUGUGAAGAAGUCGAGGGUGAUUUAUUGCUUUUCCUCACUGGUCAAGAGGAAAUUGAGGAAGCUUGCAAACGUAUCCGAAAAGAAAUAGAUAAUCUUGGUGGGGAAGUUGGGGAAUUAAAGUGUAUCCCACUGUACUCCACAUUACCCCCCCAGCUACAACAACGCAUUUUCGAAUCAGCCCCAGAGAAUCGUCCAAAUGGUGCAAUAAGUCGCAAGAUUGUUGUCUCAACCAAUAUUGCAGAGACAUCAUUGACUAUUGACGGUGUUGUCUUUGUUAUUGACCCAGGAUUUUCUAAACAAAAGGUUUACAAUCCUCGUAUCCGAGUGGAAUCCUUGCUUGUGUCUGCUAUUUCCAAAGCAAGCGCCCAGCAACGGGCAGGAAGAGCUGGUCGAACAAAACCUGGCAAAUGUUUUCGUUUGUACACGGAGAAAGCUUUCCAAACAGAGAUGCAAGACAACACGUAUCCUGAAAUAUUGAGAUCAAAUCUUGGGACGGUUGUUUUACAUCUUAAAAAACUUGGAAUUGACGAUCUUGUGCAUUUUGAUUUUAUGGAUCCGCCUGCGCCAGAGACGCUGAUGAGAGCCCUGGAAUUGUUGAAUUAUCUCGGUGCGUUGGACGACAAUGGUGAUUUGACGGAGCUUGGUUCAAUGAUGGCUGAGUUUCCACUGGAUCCUCAACUUGCCAAGAUGGUCAUCGCAAGUUGUGAAUUCAACUGCUCCAACGAGAUUCUCUCUAUAACAGCCAUGUUAUCAGUUCCACAAUGUUUCCUUCGUCCAAACGAGGCUAAAAAGGCGGCAGACGAGGCUAAGAUGAAGUUCGCUCAUAUUGACGGAGAUCAUCUGACGCUUCUUAAUGUUUACCACGCUUUCAAACAAAAUCACGAGGAUUCGCAAUGGUGUUACGAUAACUUCGUGCAGUUCCGUUCGCUGAAGUCAGCCGACAGUGUCCGAGAUCAACUCGUUCGAAUCAUGGAUCGUUUCAAUCUUGCCCGACGUAGCACAGACUUCAACAGCAAAGAUUAUUAUAUAAACAUAAGAAAAGCACUUGUAUCUGGAUUUUUUAUGCAGGUUGCGCAUCUUGAGAGGUCUGGCCACUACUUGACAGUCAAGGACAACCAGGUUGUACAACUCCACCCGUCUACUGUGUUAGACCAUAAACCUGAAUGGGUGUUGUACAACGAGUUUGUUCUUACAACGAAGAAUUACAUCAGAACUUGUACCGAAGUUAAACCCGAGUGGCUAGUGAAGGUGGCCCCACAGUAUUACGACAUGAGGAAUUUCCCGAAUUGCGAGGCAAGGAGGAUCUUAGAACGUGUUAUUGAAAGACUCAUGAAAGGACGUUAAGGUGUAGUCGUUAACAGUUUCAUUGACUUUGCUAAAUACUAUAGCAGUUGUAAUAUUGUUUAUCACCUGAUACUCUGCUUGAAUCUUGUUUCAAGAGGAUCGUCAAGUAGACUGCUUGUUCGGAAAGUUCUUAUAUGUACUGAGACAAUAUUGUAGAUGGCAUUUAUUUUCACUCCAUGAACAGUUCGGCUAUCGAUAGUCCACCUGCCGUUCAUCGUGAAAUUAAAUGCAUCUAAUUCAUUUCAAAAUUCUGUUCAAAAUGCUUGUCCAUACGUGUCCUGCUGGAACUAAACGUAAUUCCUUGAUUC